UCAAUCUGAACAAGGAAACAAGAAAUUGGAGGCCAGUAGCCCGGCCCGAGGUCCGUAAUCAGACAGCGACUCUCGCCUUCAGUCGCAGAUUGCUACUCGUCUUCACCACAAAGGAGGAUAUGGAUAUGCUUCUUCUCCGUCUUCUUCCAUGAUAAUUGUAAUUUUUGUUAGCUGUUAUGAAUGAACAUCAUGGGGUAUCACAAUGGAUCGUAUCAGCAAAGUUGACAAUAGCAAAAAUAAGCAAUGUCAAAAAGCCAGUUAUUCAACAGAUAAGGAGUACAUGCCUCCUUUUCUUUACACAGGUUUCAAUGAUCAUAAAAGGAUUGUUCAGGAGAUAUGAAAGAUGGAAUCCUGUACACCCCACUUUUGGAGCCUUUUGGGGCAUGGGAGUAGGAUUUGGCUGUGGAGUUGGAUGGGGUCCUGGGUUUGGUCCUGAAGUGGUUGGUUAUGUUGGUGCUGGCUGCGGUGUUGGAUUUAGCGUGGGCAUUACUCUUUUUGGUUUGGGAAUUGGUCUUCCUGCUAAUAACAUAUUUGAAGUUCCUUAUAACGCUAUUGUGGCAACAAGGCGUCAUGCAUUACCAUUUGUCCAAUCUGGUGGUCUUCUUUCUGGGGAUGGUUGGAAUAACAUUGCACCUAGCAUCUCUGUUUUGCAUAGAGAAACCAGCAGAAGAUUUUCUAGCCUUAAUAAAAAAGUUCUCUUGGAUAAUGGGGUUGACUUAUUCAAAAUGCAGAGCAAGUUGAAUGUUCAGGCCAAGUCAUUUUCUAAGGAUUUAGAAACACUUUGUAGUCGCUUCUUCCACUAUCGCGAAGGUCCAAAAGAUUGAUGUCAGCAUGCUCAACUAUUUUAGCCCAUGCAUAAUAUGAAGGGUAUGUUCCGUCGGAGGUUAAAGGAGGUUAACAGUUAAAGACACUUUAACUUUUUUUUACCCUUGUUUUGGUAUGUAUUUUGUUAAAGGGUUAAUAUAACCUCUUGUAGUGCAUUUUUAUUAACAUCCUAUCCUUUAGAUUAAAGAGAGUUAAAAGUAACAUAAAUAAAAUUCAUCAUUCCCUAUAA